UUAAGGAGCAAGUGUCCCGUGCGCGUGUGUGUGUCUGGAACAAAGGACAAACAAUCACAGGCGACAAUAAUUAGCAACAAUUACCGAUAAAGAAUUUUAAUUACCACAUAAGUAAUCGUCGCAGCAGGAAUUCACCUGUGUAAUUCGAGCCGUGAUUGGCCCGAGCGUGAGGGGUUGCCAGGUGGCCUCGUACAUAGAGGUAAUUUUCUGGACGGAGCAAGAUCAUUGUCGGCUGGACCCGCAUGGGGUGUACGUUGUCUGGUCUGGGCCCGAAGAGCGCCGCGAUCAUGGCUGACAUCAAGACCCAGGACUUGGAGGACAUCGCCAACAAGCUGCGGGUGUUGUCCAUCAAGAGCACCGAGGCGGCGGGGUCUGGACAUCCAACAUCAUGUGCGUCCAUGGCGGAGGUGAUGUCGGUGUUGUUCUUCCACACCAUGAGGUACAAGGUCAGCGAGCCCCGAGACCCCAGCUCCGACCGCUUCAUUCUCUCCAAGGGCCAUGCCGCUCCCAUCCUCUACGCUGCUUGGGCUGAGGCUGGACUCUUCCCUCGUGAGGAGUUGAUGAACCUGAGGAAGAUUGACAAUGACCUCGAGGGCCAUCCAACUCCUCGCCUCAACUUUGUGGAUGUGGCCACUGGCUCGCUGGGUCAGGGCUUGUCUGUGGCCUGUGGCAUGGCCUAUGUUGGCAAGUACUACGACAAGGCCUCCUACAGGACCUACUGUCUAAUUGGUGAUGGAGAGAGUGCCGAGGGCAGCAUCUGGGAAGCUUUGAGCUUUGCUGGCAUCAAGAAGCUCAACAAUCUGGUGGCCAUCUUUGAUAUCAACCGUCUUGGCCAGUCUGAACCUACUGCCUUCCAGCAUGAAAUGGACAUCUAUCGAACUCGCCUGCAGAGCUUCGGCUUCAAUGCCCUGGUGGUGGACGGACAUGAUGUGGAAGCCCUGUGCAAGGCAUUCCAUGAGGCUGCCCAAACAGAGGACAAGCCCACUGCUAUCCUGGCCAAGACCUACAAGGGCAGGGGCUUCCCAGCUAUUGAGGAUGCAGAGAACUGGCAUGGAAAGCCCCUGGGCAGUAAGGCAGAUGAAAUCAUCACUCACAUAGAAGGUCAGAUAAAGAACAGUGGUCCCAACAACCUGGUGCCUCAGAAGCCCCUCCACCAGGAUGCCCCAGAAGUGGAUAUCACCAACAUCAGGCUGCAGACACCUCCAAGCUACAAAAAGGGUGAUAAGGUGGCCACACGACAGGCCUAUGGUACAGCGCUUUCCAAGCUGGCCGAGAAUAACUCCAGGGUGAUUGCUCUUGAUGGAGACACCAAGAACUCCACCUUCUCCAAUGCCAUGUUGAAGACUGAUGCUGAGAGAUAUAUUGAGUGCUUCAUUGCUGAGCAGAAUUUGGUGGGAGUAGGUAUUGGUACUGCCUGCCGUGACCGCACCGUUGCCUUUGUGUCCACCUUUGCUGCCUUCUUCACCCGUGCUUUUGACCAGCUACGUAUGGGUGCCAUCUCUCAGACUAACUUGAACUGUGUUGGAUCCCAUGCUGGUGUGAGUAUUGGUGAAGAUGGUCCCAGCCAAAUGGCUCUGGAAGACCUGGCCAUGUUCCGCUCUAUACCCACAGCCACUGUUUUCUAUCCAUCUGAUGCUGUAUCCACGGAGCGUGCUUGUGAGUUAGCUGCCAACACCCCUGGUAUUUGCUUCAUCAGGACCUCCCGCCCUGGUACUGCAGUCAUCUAUGACAAUGACCACAAAUUUGAGCUUGGAAAGGCCAAUGUGAUCCGGUCAUCAGGGUCUGACAAGGUACUGGUUAUUGGUGCUGCCAUCACACUGCGUGAGGCAAUGACUGCUGCUGACCGGCUGGAAGGAGAGGGCACCAAUGUGCGUGUGAUGGACCUGUUCACCAUUAAGCCCAUUGACAAGGAGGCCAUCAUCUCCAAUGCUAAGGAGUGUGGAGGCCGCAUCAUUGUGGUGGAGGACCAUUACCCUGAAGGUGGCAUUGGGGAAGCUGUGAAGUCUGCUGUGGCCAUGGAGAGGGACAUCAUUGUGUCUCACCUGGCAGUGACCAAUGUUCCUCGCUCCGGCAAGUGUGACGAGUUGCUGGACAUGUUUGGCAUCUCUGCCUCGGCUGUAGUGAAGGCUGCCAAGGAGAUCAUCCAGGUCUAAUCAGGAGUGUAUUAUAUGUACUAUGAACAUAAGGCUGUAUGUUGACCAAGAUUAUUCCAUGAAGAGCAAGAAACUCAGGUGCAAUGUGUAACUUGUAAUCACAUUCUGAGAAAUAAGAAAAUUUAAUAUUUUUUUUUGGAUCUUCAAUUUUCUAGUUUUCCUUUGAGCAGCAAUUUGGUUACAACUUUAGCUAAGCUCCAACACUCCCUGUUAAGAGUUCCAAGAUAUUAAUGAAUAAGGCUUGUAUAAGGAUGCCAGAACCAUUCCUGUUAUGCAGUGAAGUCAUUCCAGUGAUCAUUCCAUGUUAUUGGUGCAGGAUGAGGGCAAAGGUGUUAAAGAUUGCAUUCCAUAUGUUGUACCAGCUAUUCCUGAAUUGAUGUCAUUCCAUAUAUGAAUAAGGAAGUAACUUAAGUCACAAAUUGUCAGAAUUUCCAGACUGGAUGAAAUAAAAACAAAAAUAAAUAAAGGAUUAAACUUAGAUAACUGCAUGAAGCAGGUAUUAGUGUAAUGCUGAAAGUAGAUGGUAGACAGUCAACUGGUAAGUGUGAGGGCUUCAUGAAAGAAGUCAUUAUUUUGGAAUUCAGUAUGAUGUACUUCACACUCCUGUUGGCCAGCUUGCUGCUGUGGUGUAUGUUGUACUUGAGUAUUGAUCAAAAUUUCUAUUGAAAGAAGGUGGUUGGGCAGAUGCAGGAUGUCUUGCAUUGUGCUUCAAGGACUGAUUGUUCCAGCUGGACAGUUUUGAAGGAAGAGAACCUCAUCUUGCUUAUUUAUUGUUAGAAAUAUUUAACAUCAAAAUGUUGUACUGAAGAAAUUUAUUUACGUAUAAAACUGUUGUAUGGUAAUAAAUGUUUAAGUAAA